GCCUUAGAUCCAUGACGUGUCCCAAGCUAUCUCAGCAACCAUGUGUUUCCUAGUACGCUUUUGUUUACUAUAUUAACACGCCAGAUUGACUGCAUUAAAUAGAGCUUGGUCACUGUGUUACAAUGGAUAUCUCCCCUGAUGCUCUACCCAAACGUCUUAACAGACCGUAGAACAAGAGGAGAACUGACAAGAAAGUAUUGUGACCCUUUCUCCUAUUUAGUUUGCACUAUAGCUGGAUCACAAAUUAGUGUUGAGUUCAAAAAAUGAAACGGUAGCAGACGGCGUGUUACGGCAUUUAUCUUUCAUUGGCGAGGAAAUCGCAGCUGGUUAGUCCGCACUAUCGUUGGCUACAAAAGGCAGGUAAUAUAGUAACAAAUUUGUCGAAGACCGACUGGGACGGUCAUACUAUUGAAUAGACCUGGGAUACCGCUAACAUAUAAACAUAGAUCUAGAUUUUAAAGGCACCCUCAUUGGUUAAGAAGAAAUACUGACAACUUUAAAGUAAUGAACUGAUUGCUGUGGAUCGUCAAGAAAUUAUUAAGUCUACAGUGAUGCUUCCAAAUUUAGUAUGACUUUUCCGUACAUAGAGCAGUCAACAAGUGUUGUAAACCUAUUAACUAUUAACGAUUCCAUAGACAGGGGAGGUGAUCAGCAGAACAAGUUGCAGAUCAUCAUCACUGACGGCUCAGUUCAACCUGCAGGUGUUACACAGAAGCUCUUUGAAUCGAAAGUCACAUUUGCAGACUUGGUUCGCGUGUGUUCCACUUCCGAAAGCAGUCAGCCGUGUAGCAAGGCUCAGCUCGGCAAUACCUUACUGUCCACUGCUCACGCCAGCACUCUCGUCUCCAACUAUCUGAAUACAUAUAGGUCCUAUUUAGACCAGCUUCGCAAGACAUGUGGUCGUGGGGACAGUCCAGGGGAGGCAAUCAGCUCAAGAACGUGUACGAAAGCAGUUCCACUUGUACUUCCCCUUGCCCGUAUGACUCCAGUUUUUUCUGAUGACUCCCGAGAGGAUCCUGAAUUUUUGGAGCUGCUGAAAAAGACCACCACCGAAUCGAUUCGGAAGUUGUGGCCUCAUCCCAACAAAACCAACAUUGUCCGAACAGCAGGUUUGGUCGAUUCUAGUGACGAGGUGAACUCAAUGACAGUUAGCACAAGUGACAUUAUAUCAGUGACAGAAGAAAAGAGUGAUCAGCCCAGUAACAAUUCUUCCUUAGCCCAUGCCAGUGACAACAGCGACUGCACAGACUACAAAAACGACACUUUAGACUCCAGUGAGGACACGACUGGGACAAACUGUGGUCAGUGUAAUCUACUGGACAACACUUUGUUGACCGAGACGGACAAUUUAUCUCAUAACGCGAACAGUGCCAUGAAAUCGAACGGGGAGCAACUCAUGCUUAGUGACGGAGGCUCCGCGAAUGUUAUCAGUAAAACCUCUUCUUCAGGACCGAUGCCAAAAAGCUUAUUGAAGGUUCUCAACGAGAAUCUGACCUCGGGUGACAAUUACUACAGACAGAGUACGGACACAUCAUGUCAGAGCACAAACUGGAGUGACUCGGCAACACAAAUGAAAUGCACCAACGAGUCCAUGGGUCAACAGAUGAAAACGUCUUCUUUAGAUUCUUUCUUAAAACACCAACAAAAGCUAGCACAGCAGCAUCAGCUUCAGCGACAAAUUAUUCAACACCAGCAGCAGCAACAAAGACAACAGCAGCAGUUGCUUGAGCAGUACCAACAACAGGAGCAGCAACAACAAAGACAGCAGACGACUAACAAAAUGUAUGGUGGUUUCCAGCCUAAUGAAGUUAACAAGAGUUGGAUCCCUUCAGCAGAAGAAAAUGGCGCCAACUCAUCACGCUCACGAGUGGUAGCGAACAGCCAGCCAACCACUAUGUAUAACCCAAUGACUUCUGGCCGUGUUGGUAUUGAUGUGUUUAGUAAUGGAAAUCAGACAAAUCAAGACUUUUUUCCAUCAAACAAUUCUGUGCAAGGCAUUUCAGUUUUAGGACCUUUUGUAGAUAAUCAGUCGUCAUCCGAAUAUUCUGAAUUAUCUUCAAACAGUCGUACUUUAAAGGCCAGCUAUGCUUGCCUCGACCCAAGUAACCCCAUGACAUUAUCUGUUGUUCCCCUGCAAGACUAUCAGCACGAGAGGGACAGCUUCGCCCAUACUGAGAGGCAGUUGGGCUUCAACCAACCCGCCGAAGAGAAAAACUGCUCCAAUUCAAGUCGUUCGUGGGCUGAACUGAGUAGGCCAGCCUACGAGGGGGACGCACCGUCCAGAUUGGUGUACGACAAUGACUCAGUGUACGGCACAAGUUCUUCCGGUUCGACGCUGGAAGAUCGACUUCGUCGUGCAUACGCUCGCUCACGAUACCCUCAGUCCAACCAACAAACUGAUGCUACGCGCCAACCAAGUGCUCAAAGGCCUAUACUAAAAAUGAACCCGGCUAUGGAUAAUACAAAUGAAAUGGGCGUUUAUAACGGCCAAUCUACACAGUGUAGCUUCGAGGUGAAGAACGGUAAUGGAUUGGAUUCAGGCUUUGAAACUGGCAACCGAAAUACUCUGGAUAUGGGGUACGACGACAUGAAUACUCGGUAUCGCUGGAAUAGCCUUAGUAAUUGUUCAACACAAUCUGAUAUCGAUACUACAGGAAUGAAAAGCGAUACUGAAGAACAUUUUAUCAAUGUUCAGUCUUCUACAGGAUCAGAACAAAAUUCUAGAUUGUCAAGGCUGUAUCAAUGGAAGCAGAAUUUGCCUACAGCUAAUGACCUUACCUACAUGCCAACUUCACGUGCAAUAGCCGACAGCUCAAGAAUGACCUCAAACGACAGCAUAGCAAACAGUUUGUUGUCUAGUAUCCAAACAGACCGAGACUUUUCGUGGAAUGCUUCUUCCAUAACCUCACCGAUAGCCAGCAUGUCUGGUAUGAGCUCCCAAAGUCUUGAUCACCAAGUGUUCGGCAGUUCUUCAAUGAAUGGCCAGUACCUUUUCUCUGACGCUUAUCUGAAUAAAGUGUCGUCCUUCAACAUGGAACAGAGACGGCAGAUGUCCAACAACUCCGCUCAUGCUUCCAAUGUCUCCCUUAAUCAGAAUGACCAAGUGGAAGACUCCAGCCUGUUUUAUGAUGCCGAUGACGCCAGACAAAACACAUGGUCGUGGAAGGGCAGACAAGAUUCUCUAGAUGACAACACAAUGGCAAGAACUGGCCCUAUGUGUGCUCCUACACUGUCACAAUCAAUGCAGAUACUUAACAAUAAGAUUUUGGCAGCUCAGUCCAGCCAUUUAUCUGGCCAGAAAUCAACAGAAGAUAAUGAUCCCCUAAAAGGGAAAGACCAAGACGCUAUUUACGGUGAAGUUUCCUCAGAGAUGAACGCUCAUCAUGCAGAAAGCAUGAACAAGAUUCGCCUUAUUCGUGCCUUUAGUGACCCAAACAGCACCAACUCAGCUUUCAGACAAUCUCCUCACACCAGCGUUUCUAUGUCUCAUUUGUCUGUACUGCAGCAGCAACAGCAACAGCAGCAAAGACAAAAAACAGAGGAAUCUGUCUAUAAGAUCUCCGAGGAGCUCGAAAAAACGUAUUUGGAUGACGCCGGUAGCUCAACACCUUGGCAUGAGAUGCAGCCCGAUGAGAAUUGCAGAGAUCACGAAGAAAAUUGUUCCCAAGACUAUAACUUGGAAAGUAAUCCCGACAAAUACGUACAUUUACACAACAUGGAUGGAUCUACUAUGAUUUUAAGCGAUCAAGACCUUGCUUCUCUAAGAUCAAACAGUUCUAGCAGGCUUUAUUCUAAUCAGCCCAAAGAUCAAGUCGACCAAACGCAAGGGGCUCAAAUAUCUCGAAAUCAGGAACCACCAAGGCCUCGAAUGAUUCUUGGCGCCAACAGUUUAAAACAGUCAUCCACUGAUGAGAAAGUCAAAGCAGAAGUGGAAGAAAGCAACAGACGUAUCCGUGAAAUGUUGGGUUUGUAUCCGAAUAAAGAACAAUCCAAUGCUACAGCAGUUCGAAUGCAAGAUAAUUCUGUCCCAACUCAACAGACGGCAUCGCUAGUUAUGAACGGCCAGAUCCAAGGACUACUUCAGCAAGGGGCCGCUCAUUCCUUAUCACCUGGACAAAUAUCUCGAAUGCAAAUGUCUGGAAACAAAAUACAAGCCCCCAUGGCAAUGGCCCAACAAAUGUACUGUGUUCCUAAUAUAUUAAUGCCCCAACAAUCAGUGCAAACUCCCAGUGGUACUCGACAGUCUAAUUUAGUACCAAUUCAAGGAAUGAUGACUAGUGUCCCUUCUAAUUCACGAUUUCCUCAAGGAAUGAUUCGUGUACCGUUUGUAGACAUGUCUCGAGUAGUGUACGUUCAUCAGAUGCCUGUGAAUGUAAGUUCCCAACACCCUAACAACAAUCACAACAACAGUAGCAGCAGUAAUCCUCAUGUCAACACCAGUAACAUCAUCACUAUCAACACCAACGACAACGACUUUAGUGUGAAUGGUCAGGGUGACAAGUCCGGCAGGCCCAUUCGAUCCAGUGGCGUGAAAAGUAAAACGACAUUUAUAAAGAUGAGAUCCGGUUCAGAGGAGUUCACAGUGCCCAUACUAGGCAUGCGGCCCGCCAUAGAUGAUGCAGUCUGCCCGCGUCUUAUAAAAACGAGAACCAACCCUUGGGACCAGGAUCUCGAUCACGACUUUUCAAACUCUUUGAUGUCAAAGGCGGUCAGUAUGGAGAACAUUAGUGGCGUUGCAGAUCCUAAUCUGUGUAACCCCGAGGUGACGAUGAUGUAUCCAGACAUUUCCACUCUGCAGAACGGGGCUCUAGCAGCAGCAGACCCGGCUUCAAAAACAGCAACAUUUAUGCAAUGGCCUGCAUCGGCAGACAUGCACCCAGAGAUGCUUGACAUGUUACCUGUUAGGAGGGCUAUGCCCGAAGACUGCGGUACGGGAAGGCUAUGUUGGCCAGAGAUGGAGUUUCUUAUGUCGUCCCGAGAUCAGCUCCAGUCUGCAAGAAGAAGCAACAAGCCCAUGGGCUCCAAUAAAGCUAAUCUCAUCAGUAUUAUACCAAAGAGCAAUGGUGCCGACGGGGUGGGAGCAGUAGGGAAAGAGACAAGGUUUGAGAAAGCUGACCCUAAAUUUCUGUAAGAAAAUCAUUUGGGCUGUAGCAUUUCAUUGUAUUAAGAGUAGUUUAGUAUUUUUUUUUUUGUUUAAGGCUGGGAGAAAAAUAUUUAUGAAUUGUUACGUGUGAAGUUGUAGGCAUUCACUUCCAUAUAUUCAUAAAUUAGAUGAUGAAUAAUUCAGAAUAUAAUUUUGAAAUAUUUCGUUCAAGAAUAUUUGGCAUAAUUCAUCUGUUCAUUAUGAAGGAUAUAUAAUUUUACAUUUAAUGGCUUUUAAAUGUUCAUAUUUUGUGUGUGUCGGUUGUGAAAGGUGUUAUGAUAUAGACCAAAGUUGACAUUAUGACAUGUAUGGUGUUAUGACAUUGUCCAAAUUUGACAUUAUGAAAUGUAUAAUUUUAUGACAUAGACCUAAGUUGACAUUAUGAAAUGUAUGGUGUUAUGACAUAGAUCAAUGUUCACAUUUUGAAAUGUUGUGUGGCCUGGAUGUUUUCUAGCAAAUUCAGAUUAACUGUAAUAUAACUUUGGUUUCGGCUCGGUGACGGACUUUCAGGAUUGUUAGAACAUAACAUUUUGAAGCAUUGAAUUAUAAUUUACGCUGUACAUACGUUUAGUCUGUGUCUUAUUUGUAAAUGUCUGUUAGUCUACAUUUUGAAGACCAUUCAUUUGUUGUGAUUUUUAAACACUAUGCAAAUCCAAGAUCAUUGCAAUAACUCUAUCCCAAGAUCUUUGUAAUAACUCUAUCCCUGACGUACCUUAAUUUUAAAAAAAGAUUGAAAUGAAAUUUGACAUUGUAGAGCCUCCAUUGUUUGUAGCCAACUGAUUGAUGUGAACCACUAUAAAACAUUUUUUUGUAAACACUGGCUAUUGAGUCAUUUAGAAGUGAUCAUUCUAGGAAGCCUUUAUAAAGCUUGUUUGUAAAUACGUUGAUCCUAUCCGAACAACAAUCCAUAGACUUGAAUAUUUGCCUCGCUUAUACAAUUAGUGACAUUGUUAAUGAUAUUAAAAGGUCAUUACAAAAUGUUUCUUUUAAUAAAAUUACAAACAUCAUUUUUUCUGGUGAGAAAUAUUUGAUCGCAUACUGUAAAAAUGAUUAUUAUAUUACUAUAUUUGUAUUUUUGAAGUAUAUGAACAAUUACUUACAGUACUUUAUUGUAUAGAAAAAAGUAUUCAAUUGGCCACUUGUUUACUUUAAGCAACACGACCAAGAGAAAAAGCUCUAAAAGGUUAUUGUUUUAUAUUUCGAUGUAUAAAGCUGAACGGAAACUUUACAGAGUCAAUGCAUAAAGUCAUACCAGAACUAUCCAACGAGAGAAUAGAUAUGCUUUGAUUCUGUGAAAGAUCUCAUUACGCUUGCAAUACUCACCGUUUCGAAUGUAACUUGUAAAUAGACAAUUUCGGAGUGAACAUUCCUUUUGUAAACUUUUGCUUUUAUUUUGGCUGUACGUUGGGUUUGAAUGUUCGUGCAUUGGCAGACCGAAUCAAUGCUCCUCUCCCAAGUUUUGUAGUGCAAGUCGUUCAUGGAAGCAUUAUCAUGUUACAUCAUGCAAAACUGUGUUCUAUUGUAAUGGACUGGAACUUCUAGGUUUACUUAUGUGACCCAAACAAUUACUUUUUUUUUUCUUUGUAAACAUUUGUUCUCGAUGAAAGAUCUAGUCUUCUAUUGUUUUAAGGUUUGGCCCAUGGCUUGAAUUACCGCUCAAGAUAAUGCAGCUCUGUUCCUAAAUGAAAUAAUGUCACCUCUUUAGCAAUACAUAUGACAGAGUUACAUUAGACUGACUGGGGUCGGGCUAACACAAAAAUAUUAAAAUUGUUAUAAUAUACAUGACAUCCUAAAAGUGCAUAAUUUCUAAUAAUUUGUGUUUUUUUUUAGUUAUUAAAAAUUAUGAUGAAAGCAUUUCAGUAAAAAGUAAAAACAUUGAACUGUACAAUUUAAACAUCCAUAAAAAAAAUGCUCAAUUGUUUUAUUUGACGUUUUCUUUUUUUUCCCACUUCAUUUGGAGUUGCAAUAGUUUUGAAAUGUUAGUUUUUAUUUCAUUGUUAAUUUCUGCUAUGUAGACUCUUCAGUUCUGUGCCCUGUAUAUUCACCUCAUUAUUGUUAGCGUUUUACAUUCAACCUUACCUAUACAUUUCAUUACUAAAAAAAACUAUGCUGAUAGUCUGAAAAUACCAAUUCUAAAUGAAAACUCUCCAUACUAUUGUGUAAAGAGUUUUUCUUCCAAAUGCCCUUUAUUUUCUGGUUUAUUUCAACAAGUAGUUACAUUCUCUGCAUAUUAAUUUACGCUCAGAAAUUAAAAACGUUUAAUUUUUUAUGUUUGAACUGAAAUCCUUUUUGUUGUCUGACUGAAUUCUGGAAAGCUUUUAUUGAAGAUUGUUGCUCUCUUUGUGGUUUUUGUUGUACUGAAGUUGUUGGUUGUUGUCAUAACUGGCCAGGAGAUAGAACUUUAAAUGUCUCUGGGAAAAGCCAAAACAUUUUUUAUAGCCAGAUAUACAAAAUGAGUCUUUCAAGGAAGCGUUCAUUAUUUUAUAACUUUCGUUUGUUUUUCAAUGGCAGCGCAGAAAUUUAUUUUUAGGAAUUAUUGUGAAACAAGGAUUGCUUUAAGACGUGCUAUUUCUAGUGAUGAACUCUGCAGGAUGGCAUAGAACAUCUAGUUUUACUAAAUAUAACAAAGUUUUUAUUUAUAUAUCAAACAUUGCGUAAGUCAAACCAAUCGCCCUGCAGCCAACAUAAUUAUACUUCUAGAUUGUAUUGUAUUGUUAGUAUUAUGGAUAAGUAAAUGAAGUCGUAUUCUGAGAUACUAGGCUGUAUGUAUAUAUUACAUUGUGAAUUACUUUUAUAAGCAUGUUGAAUGUUGAGUUUCAUGUCGACUUCCAGUUUUGGCGUCGACAAUAGUAACGUUCUGUCUUCGUUACCAAGUGUUCAUGUUUAGAUCAAAGUGUUUUAGGAUUUGAAUUUUUAAAUAAAGUUUAAUUCAAUCA